AUGAUCGUCAAGCCGUGCAUCGCCGUGAGUGCCGCGGUCGGCUUGACUUCGAGCGCUCUCGUGGGCGCGCUGCACGCCAGCGGCCCGGGAGGGCUGCCACGAGGGGCUCGAGGGACCGCGACUCGGGGCGGCCAGGGCAUGGAGGCGACCGGUAGUGGGUUUGACCUUGGCGACUGGUUCAAGCAAGCGUUCACGCCUCAAACUGCGGCGGCUGUGAAGAAGAAGGCUGGCACUUCCACCGCCAAGAAGGCGAAGGCGCCGAGCGGGCGAGGCUGCACGGACGCCGUGCUGGUGCUGGGCGGCACGGGCAAGACAGGGCAGAAGGUCGUGGAGGCCCUCCUGAAACAGAAGCGGGAUGUGGUCGUUGCCUCGAGGAGCAAGGAGUCCGCGGCGGAGCUGUAUGACGCGUCCACCCCGGGGCUCUUUGUGCAGAGCGGCGUUGACGUGAGGGACGAGGCGACUCUGAAGAAUAAGGCCUUGUUUGAUGGGGUGACGCAGGUCGUGUCAGCCCUCGGACCGCGAUUCGGCGAGGAGGGCAGCUCCUCGGAGGCUGUCGACUUCCAGGGUGUGCAGUCCGCCAUCGAAGCAGCAGAGGCAUUUCUCGAGCAAGGGGAUGGCUCCUCAGCAGCCCCGGGUGACCAGGAGCGAGUCCUGGUUGCUCCGGGAGACAGCGGCAGCGACGAGCGGGGUCCAGGAGGUGCGUGGCAGCCUCUGGACGAUGUCAUCAUGGGAGGAAGGAGUUCCAGUGCCUGGCAGAAGGGGGUGGGAGGGGGUGUGCUGGAGCGGCAGUCUGGGAAGACGUUCGGUCGCUGGGCGGGGACCCUGGUGACGGAAGGGGGUGGCUUCUGCGGCACCGUAAUCAAGGACAUGCCCUUCGACGCCACGGGUUACGAUGGCAUUCGCAUCCGGGUGCGCGGGGACGGCAGCCGUUACAAGUUCCGCCUCAAGCCAGACACGAAGCUGGACAACACUGCCGAGCGGCAAUAUCAGGCGCCGUUCGAUACGGUCAAGGGAGAGUGGAUCGAGGUGGACCUUCCGUUCGAGAGCUUCGUCGCGGUGAAGCGUAACUACGUGGACUUCAACGCCCCGCGGGUGAAUGAAGGCCCUGCUGGCGGCAAGAUGCUAAGCCUCGGGCUCGUCCUCAGCCGGUUCGGUUUCAAUGAGUACCCGAACCCCAAGUACACGGCAGGAGCCUUCCAGCUGGAUCUCAUGGAGAUAAGCUUGUACAAGAAGCCGAGGCCGAACUUCGUGCUCGUCUCCUCUGCUUCCGCGGAGCGAUACCACCGGUUGACCGAGGAGGAACGCAAGAACGACAUCCCUAUCGUCGCCCUUAACCCCGGGGGCAUCCUCAACUGGAAGUACAAGGCCGAGACCAGCCUCCGAAAAUCGUCGCUUCGGCACUGCGUCGUGCGCGCUACGGGACUCAUCGCCGAGGGAAAAGAGGGAGAUGAGUCGGUCCGGCUGCAGAUGGGCCAGGGCGACACGCUGUCGGGGAGAGUCUCUCGGGAAGAGGUUGGGUCUACGGUGGCGGCGGCGUUGAGCAGCUCUUACUCGGCGGGGAAGACGUUCGAGCUCCGCAGGGAUGAGGCGGAAGACGCCACCGGGAAAACCCCAGACUUCACGUCCCUGUUCCGCGGUCUGGUUCUCGACGAGGACCGGUCCCUGGCUUCCGCGGGAGGGGCAAGCCUGCCCCUGCCGCCGUUCGCCAUUGUUCAGGACCCUCCCCCGCCGGUAACGGAGGAAAGGAAGCAGGAAAUUCUCAACGACCCGAGGGUCAAGGCUCGGACCGCGGCUUCCAAGAAGCCCGAAUGAUUUUAUUUUUUCCGUUCCGUGGAAUAGUUGAUCGGGCCUUGUUGAGGGGGGUUCCAGAGGCGAAGUCACACGGAAUGCGUUCGCUUGUGUUUUCUGUGGGAUAGUUGAUCGGCGGGGGGGGGUGGAGAGGCGAAGUCAAACCACGGUUUGGUUGUAGAUGUUGCCCCCGCCACGCCGCUUCCAAGACAGUGACGAGCUUGGCCAAGGCCAAUAAUAUGGGGAUGGUUUUGUGUCGAAAUCCAGCGAGAACGAGCUUGUUUGAUCGUGGUCUAGACUACUUGACGCAGUUUCCGGCCCCUUGGUCGUUCGCUGGGCGUACAGGUGCCAAUAAGACACAACUGGGCCGGUCGGUGUAAAUUGAGCUGCUUAACUAUUGUAAUAGCGGGUUUAUUUUUUGUUUCAAAGGAGAGAGAUAAAUUUAGACAAGAGGCAGAAUGUGAAAAGAGGCAAGACGAACAGAGCGGGGGGCAGGGCGUAUUCAUGUGAACGCGUGUCGUGGUCGUUAGACAUUGGCCUCGCAUCACCACUGUACAAUGCCGGGACCGGGCGAUAGGCAUAGGCACAGGCGGGGGCGGGGGGCAUUCGUUCGAUUCUCAUGCACUUGUUUGGAGUCCAGCUUACGGGUGCUCAGAGCCCACGUACUGGGCUGCGUGAGAGAAGGGCAACAGGUAACAGGAGUACUGUAGUCAGCGGCGGUAAGAAGUUAUCCAAGCUAUCGUCGUGUCGCUGCGAUGCGAGAUCUCGCUUCGUGCCUUGUCUGUCUUACCUCUCACCAGCCAGCACAAGGGCAUUUCGUCACUUCUUGUCGCCUACGAGUUUUUGGGUCACACGGAUGAUGAGGUGGGUCACCAAACUGCUUUCUUUCGUGUCGAGCGGCCAGAA